AUGCGACCACUGGUGCUGCCAGCUGCGAGGUGGAGCCGCACACCAGACGAGCUGCGGGAGGAUCCAGCAGCAGUGUCAUCCAGGGCGCCUCCUCCUUCGUAUCCAGACCACGUCCACUCGCCUUCUUUGCCCCCUUCCAAUGCAGCUGGUGGCUGGCCAACUCAGCCGCCUCCCACCCCCGCUCCGAUCGUGCUACCCAGCACGAAUGGCCCACUGAAACCAUGGCUGGGACUUCGAGCACGGCUCUUCCUCUCUUUACUAUCGCCAAGUCUGUUGGCCCUCAUCUUUGUUGGCGCAACGAUUUUGAUGGGAGCGGACGAUGUGGAUGAUAAGGUCAACGCUGCUAAGCAGAGAAUGACUUCUGCGUGCGCAAGUGCAGAGGGCUCGGCAAGCGCGGCGAUGAGCUUGCCAAGAUAUCUGGCCGAUCGAGCCAAUGCUCAGACCGCAGAGACCAUCGAAGCGACAGUACGAGGCGUUGGUCGCGUGCUUGAUCUUUCGUGAGCUUGGUCCGUCAUGCGCGAUCCACGCUGGCAUACAUUUUGAUCUGACCUCUAUUCAUGGUGUGCUCAGCUUGACUGCCAUUGAACGGCUGCUAGUCUUUCUCGUAGAUUCCUAUCGCUCCCUUUUCCUUUGCUUCAUCGAGCUGCUAGUGCGUGGCUCCUUGAGCUUGCUCAUCGCUGCCGUCGCAGCGCUCAAUGAAGGUGUGCAUGCGAUAGCAGGCGGUCUGAAGGAUGCGCUCCAGUCAUCAGUCUCCGGAGUCAACUCGUUUCUUAGUGCCACGCUCGGCGGAAUCAACGAUGUCAUUGGGGUGUUCGGACAACAUGUCAACGUACCGACUAUUCAGCCGCCUGAUCUUGCGUGAGUCGAAUGCGAUCGGUAUUUCGCCUGGCUGAUGGGCAGCACAAGCUAAUCAGCAAGAUUCGCUCCACAGCGCCCUCGACAAUGUCAGCCUGCCUACUUCCUUCGAUGAGGGAUUGCGUAGACUGAACAGUAGCCUGCCUACGCUGUCGGAGCUGAGAGCGAAAGUCGACGGGAUGAUCUCCGGGCCUUUUGAGCAGCUCAGAGCUGAAGUGAACACCAGUGCGUCAUUUAUAGCGCGUUAAGACUUGCCUUGUGCGCAAUGCUGAACGCAUCCGUGUACUGUCAUGAAAUUCAGCGGUGUCCGCUUUUCAGUUUGACAGGUCCCUUCUGCCAUUGCCUGAGGCUCGCAUCGCUUCUUUUUGCGCGGACAUCGACAUGCAGCCGCUCGACGAUCUGGCUCAUGACCUUCGCAAACUCGCUUAUUGGGCGACAGCGAUUAUCGCCUUCGUUGCGCUGGCGUUCGCAUUGCUGACAAUGGCCAUGGAAUGGUGGUCUUGGCGGUCCCUGCGGCGACACGUUGAGAAUACUCGAGAUGCUUGGAUUGCGGCAGACGGCUUUCCUUCGACGAUGUCUGGCAGCACAAACAGAGAUUCGAAGACGUCCAACUUGACAGGCUCUUCUGAGGCCGCAGCGCGACACCGAGGCGUGCUGACGACGCCGUCUUUAUUCUCUCUUCUCCAACUCUCGUCUCACCCUUUGCUAUCGUUGCUGGCCUUCCGUUUGGCUAAGCCGCUAGGGAUACGGUCCUCCGAAGCUAAAGCUAGUCUGAGAUGGUGGCUGGCGUGGAUCUCGCAUCCUAUUGCGGUAGCAGCGCUGAUUAUCGGCACUGUCGGCUUGGCGUCGAGUCAACUCCAGAUCCUGGCGCUGCGUGGAGUGCAGGAACGUUACGAAGGGGUGAGAAUUCUUGAUACUUCGAUCAAGGUCACACUGAGCUGACUCGUGGACGUUCGUUUCGAUUGGUGGACCCUCUCACUAACAACAGAAAAUUGACGGUUCUUUCACCACGAUGGGAGACAAAGUACUCGCUCAGCUCAAUCGGGGCCUCACGGACGCAAGUCACGAUUUCGCAAAUCGCAGCAACGAGAUGAUCAUUGGAGCUCAGAAUGGUCUGGUGAGUCAGCUUGGAUGCCGCCUCGACCGCAUGUCAGCGGGCUCUGAUACUGCAUACUGCUUGGUACGAACAGAAUGACAAUCUAUUUGCCUGGGUCAACGCGACGACCUCCACCAUGAAUAAUACUCUCAACGAGAUGAUUGAGGGUAUAGCAGGGGCACUCAAUGUGAGCUCUUUCUCAAGCGUGAAGGGUUUCGUGAAGGAGGGCAACUGAUCAGGGCAACACCUUUCAUUCUUAGGACUCUUUCGCCUCGACACCGCUAUAUACACCUGUGCAGGGCUUCAUCGAUUGCGCCCUCCUUUCCAAGCUGAGGAGCAUUGAGCAAGCUCUGACCUGGCUGCAAACCAAUGCGCAUGUCGAGUUCGAACAUAUUUCACCCGACAUUCUCCAGCUCAGUCAUGCUCGCUCUGAUGAGCUUGUUGCACCGAUCAAGCAAGCCGCUCUUGGAUCGCCACAAGACCACAACGACGGCGUGGUUGGAGGCAUUGUCAGCUCCUACAUCAAGCAUUUGCGCCAUCAGCAAAUCCUCUACCUCAUCUUCGUGGGCUUGUAUUGCCUUGCGUGGAUCGCAGGCACCUGUAUCGUUUUGGCGCACUCCACCAAAGGUGUCGGCAGGAGUCACGCUUACCCGAAGAGCGGCAUCACUCCUUAUCCAUUCACUCGGCACGAACCUCCGUCUCCAGCGUAUGAAGAGCGUGCGAAUGAUCGAGACGGCAGUGUUCGAGGCCACCACAGCAUCACUCCACCCUUGCAUCCAGAUGUUGUAGCGCAAUUGCAAAAUUCGCGGAGCGCUACUUGUGGCGCAGGCGAGCAGGCAGACGCGGGAGGGCAGUAUUGGCGACGAGAUCAGUCACAUCAACCAGGCGCAGCGACCAAUCAAAGCUGGGAGUCGAUUCUGGACGCUAGAAGCGCGACAAGAGCCGCAGCGCAGCAAACUCCCAGCUCGACACUUUACGUGCCAUGGUUCUUGCAGAGAUCACCAUCGGAUGCGCCAAGAAUGACAGCGAGCAAGCAAAGUGUCAACUCUGUCUUGUCGCAUCUUCGACCAGAGGAAGAAGCGCGAGUCGUCUGUGGCGCACGGAGCCCAUCAAAUUACUCUAUUGAGAGCGGACCUGCCUGCAGCACCCUUGCGCAUCCUGAACGAGACCCACGGGGCGUGACUCGAAGAAUCAGCGACAUCUUUGUCAAGGGCCUGCAAUGGUGGUUCAGUGCGCCAGAAGCAAAGCAGGAGAAUGACGAAGCUGCGCGUUGUAUAGGCGCUAAAUUGGUAGCAGAUCAGAGCUCGGAAGCCUCUCCUUUGGUGGCAUGCUCAGGGGAUGCCACCAGCUUGCUGCCCGACGCAGCUGACGUCGAUCCGGCGCGAUGGGAGCAGACUCAUGAUUCCACGCACAACUUGCGCUUCACUGUCACUCCCAUGUUGGAAGUGGAAGCUCGUCGACAGCAAUCAGCGCCACGGGGCUGCACUACCGAUCGUAUCAACGAUGCUACAGACAAGCAGUGCGCACUGUCAUCGCAAUCAGCUCCAGCCCAUACUGUCGCGUCGCAAGGCACUCAAGAUAGCGCGAUCUAUACGCACACGGACAUUUCGCCCUCUUCUCCUCUCUCAACGUUACCCGCGCCACCGGUGCCCACAGCUCAACCGCCCCGCAAAGCUGUCCGACCCCACUCUCUGCGAGCGUCGACGACGCCAGCUUCUUUCGCUCAGCCCUCGCGCCUCUCGCUGCCAAGCGCACCUAGCAAGCCUCAAGGACCCCGGCAAUUUCGAAAGCCUGUUCCACUACGCGCGACACGUGGCGCGUUCCUCAAGAAUCACCUUCUUUACCCUUCGCAGCGCAGCCCGAACACCCGUCUCAGCACCAUCCAGGAAAGCGCUCACUCCUCUUCGACCUCCGCCUCCUAUGUUGGAAGGGUUCCUUUUCCCGCUGCUGGCCCAGCAUACUUCUGA